GCGUUGCGGAUUGAUACACACGUAUGUUGCUGUUUACCACAUGGUCGUUUCUGCCAGCUGGUUUGCUUGCGUCUAUUUCUGCAUUUGCUUUACGUCUACAAACAGCACCUUCUAUGUCUUAUAUAUCUACGUGGGUCAAGCGGUUUAACGUGAUUUUCAUCAAACGGAAUUAAUUGACUAUUUAAGGGAUACAAAUUUCUUUUUAAAGCACAUCGUUUUCAAUGAGUGAACCCGCUAACCCCGUGACGGGCCUAACAUGGCGCCAAAAGGAGGUUGUGAGGGAGAGCUGGGGGAAACUGGGCUCCGAGUGGAAGACACAUGGCGUCGAGUUCUUCAUCAGGCUGUUCAAAACAUACCCCUCCAUUCUGGCAUAUUUCAAGACAUUUGAUGGUAUGGAUUUUGGCGCCAUACGCAGCUCACCCAAGCUGCGUGCGCAUAUGCUGAACUUUAAACACGGAAUUACGUCAUUCGUGGAUAACUUGGAUGACGUGGAAUGUCUUACGGUUCUCAUCCACAAGAUGACAGAAAACCAUUUCCGGCGGCGGAUAACCGUAAAUGAAUUCCAGGACGCAUUUACGCUGUUCGCUACGUUCAUUCAGGAAGUGACGCAAUGUGAUGACGUCACCCGAGGUGCGUGGACAGCCACGUUGACAGUUAUCUCCACGGUGAUUCGUGAUCACAUGACCUUGCUGCAGUCCCGAGGAGAAGGAGUAUGACAACGGAAAAAACAUUUUAUAGACAACUGAGUGUAGAGAGCCCACUGGCAUAGUGCAAAUCUUGCAGUGCGGAAUAGAACUGCAGGUGUUUAAUGUAUAAAAAAAUGUGUAAUCUCAUUUAAUAUGAAA